CAAAAUUUACAGGCACCUAGCAACGCUUAAAAAUAUGACAUAUUACUUCUAACCUACCAAAGUAUCAAACAUAGUGUGUUUCGUCCGUAAAUGUUUCUUUAAAAAGAAACUUCUAACUAAAAAUGAUAACAUCAACGUUGACAAUCUAUAUAAAUGUUCGUGAAACCCCAUGAGACAACAGUUUGAAAAAAAAACGCUACUGAAAUCUCAGUAGGCGUUGUAGCACAUAAAAGUCAAAUUUCAUGCUUUGUCGCAAGCCGCCACUUUAUUUCGGUUUGUUUAAAAUGGAUUCCAAAAUAGUGCUGAUAUUUCUGGGGACACUGUUAAGUGUCAAUUGUCUUGUCGAAAAAUUGCUGCUAGCGCCGAAAGUUCAACAGGCACCUGAGAAACAACAUGACCGUGUCAGGAGAGAUAGUCCAUUUUCAGCUCCAGCGCAACCUAACGUGGUGGUCAUGUCCAGUGGAAGCAGACAUGGAGUCCCCAACUCAAUGUACCGAGGUUCUUACAAUGGCGGGGGGGGCUCGUACGGAGUUAGUGGCGCUGCUUAUGGCUCCGGCUCCAACAAAGGUCCUGCCGUGAUUGUCAAUAUGCCAGAAUCCGGAUCCUGUAAAAAAAAGAAAAAUAAGAAAAAAUCGCUAUUUUAAAAAUAUGACAACUACAUACAGCCUGUAAUAGCCCCGUACUACGUCCCAACAAGAAUAAUAUAGACAAUGUUUACAAAAACAUUCCUGUACUUAUAAUGUAUUAAGAAACAACUUGUUCAAAAAUAAACUUUAUUCACAUAGUUAGAA